GCAAAAUAUGAAGUCUGAGAAACAAAUUAACCGACCACUGCUAAUAGUGAUAAUAGGAGCCUUUCCUAAAUUCUGUAAUAGUAAAAAAUGGCCACUAGACUUGAUAGGCUCGUUUUAUUACUAGAUACAGGCUCGACAACAGCUGUUAGACGUACAGCUGCCCAGCAACUGGGUGAAAUUCAAAAGCAACACCCAGGGGAACUUUACAAUUUAUUAUCAAGAGUCGUCGUACACCUCAGGAGCAAAGCAUGGGACACUCGUUGGGCAGCAGGGCAAGCACUAGAAGCGAUCGCGGCGAAUGUGCCAGCUUGGAAUCCAUCAGACAACAGUGACAACAGUGAUGCGACAACGAUCAAGGUCGAAGACGAUGUACAUAAGCUUAACUUUAAUCAAUUUGAUUUGGGUCCAGUAUUACAAAACGGGAAGUUACUACUAGGCUCUGCUGGAAAAGAAUAUGAUGUCGACUUUUCAGAUAUGACUCCAGAGCAGAGAUUAGAGCUUCAACGACGCAAUUUGAAAGAGCGUUUAGGUCUCGCGAGUCAGUUUAUGGAUGUGGAUCUCGUGGAAGAUACAGAUUUGGAAGCAAAAGCAAUAAAAGCGAGUCAAGCUUCGCAGUCCGAAAGUCCUUCACCUUCACCAUCUACGUCCACUGCUGUGAAUACGACACCUGCAUUGUCGGAAAUCAACAUGGCAGGUUUAUCUGCUCGUGAACGCAAUAUGUUGAAGCGUAAGCUCAAGCAGGAAUCAAAGAUGAAGAACAAAAAAGAAAAAGUUCGCAUCAUUGACGUGAAGAAUAAAUCCGAUACAACAGUUAAGCCAGUGAAAAUAGAGUCGAAUGAAGAGUUUGAAUUUACUCCUCAACCGCAAUCUGAUAAAUUGGUGGUGGAAGUCAAAAAGCCUAUAGCAUCUGCAGAUGAUGCGUUGGAUGAAAUUCAACGUGAUUGGCCUUUUAAGAUGAUUUGUGAACAUCUAUGUCUCGAUUUAUUUGACCCUGCUUGGGAAAUCCGCCAUGGUGCUGGCAUUGGGUUGCGUAGUAUAUUAAAAGCACAUGGUGAUGGUGCAGGAAAAAAACUUGCCGCUAAUAAAGCAAAAAAUGAAGAAUUACAUAAUGCUUGGUUGGAAGAUGUUGCUAUACGCUUAUUAUGUGUUUUUGCAUUGGAUCGUUUUGCUGAUUUUGUCUCCGAUCAAGUAGUUUGUCCCGUUAGAGAAACAUGCUCGCAAACACUUGGCGUCGUAUUACAGUAUAUGUCACCUUUCGCAGUACAGAAAGUGCAUGAAAACCUUUUAAAGCUUAUUAAUCAAUCAGAUCCUGCCUUCGAAGGUCGAUCAAUUUGGGAAGUACGACAUGCCGGCCUACUUGGUUUAAAAUAUACAGUUGCUGUAAGGAAAGAUUUAGUAGAAAUGCUUGUAGAUGGUACUACCGGCGCUGUUGUGUUAGGUUUGCAAGAUCACGACGAUGAUGUACGCGCUGUCAGUGCUGCAACUCUAUUACCUAUCACUGCCGAAUUUGUACGCAUGAGCUCAAAAGACCGUAUCAGAGAUGUAAUGACCACAUUAUGGGAUUGUUUGAUUGACUUGAAAGAUGAUUUAACUGCUUCAACCGGUGCAGUGAUGGAUUUGAUUGCGAAAAUGUUUGAACAACCGGGUGUUAUGGAUAUUGUACGAGAGCAUUUCAGUUUAGCAGAACUUGUGCCUCGUUUGCACCCGUUUUUCAGACAUACUAUUGCCAGUGUCCGUUUAGCCGUCCUAAACACAUUAUCCACAUUCAUUGACUGCGGUACAUCGGCUGAGUGGGUAGAUGAACGUGUUUAUCGUCUCGUAUUUCAAAAUCUGAUUGUAGAAGAAAAGCCAGAGAUUAUUACAAGAACUUUAGCUGUUUGGGAAGGAUUGACCAUUAGCGGAAAAGUGAAUAAUCAACUUAUUCUUCAAGGUACAGGGAACUGGCUAGGCAGCUGGUUUGAAAUUACAAUGACACCGAUAGGGCAACCCCUCGAUGUUGCUGCUUACUUUUAUAAACCACCUGGAGCCUUUGGUAACGGUGGAUCUUACGCAACUACAACAUCUGCUCCAAUUGUUGACAAAACGAGCAAGAAAAUUAAACCAGCAGCUAGAAAUAAGGAUACAUCGAUCAAUGCUCUUGGAAGCGAAUCUGUGCGAUCUACCAGUGCGCUCGAUGAAUCUCAUAAUUUAGAUGCCGGCAUGAUUGCCCAAGACUUUUCGCUCAUAACAACUGAGCAAGUCAUGCGCUGCCGUGUUGCCUGUACCACAGCUUUGGGUAUGGCCAUGAGUACGUGGCCUGACGAUUCAAUGGAAAUGUCAUAUCUCGAAGUCAUAUUGACAUUAUUAUCAUCGCAGUGGGCCCUAAAGAGACAUCUGGGAGCGAUGGCUGUAGAAGAGUGGGCUAAAGCUGUACUAAAAACGCGUUAUAAUGUCGAAUGUAUCAGCCAUGCACCAUCAGAAGCUUUAUUGGCCAACAUGCAUAAUUUCCCUCGCGUCUUAUCUCAAGCCAUGUGUAACAAUCUGGAAAAUGCAGCGACUCAAACAACUGGAUUCUAUUUUGAACUUGUACAUGUAUUGAAACGCAUCCGCGCAGAAUGCCAGAACUUAUUAAAUGCUUUCCAUGCAGAAGCCAAAUUACCUGUCAAUAUGAUCCCUGUCUUACCUACUUUAGUUCCCGGUGAGGUCUUGCCAGAACAAGGACCACUAUUCACGAUUGAGCUUGCAACAGCCGUUGUUACAGAUACGUUCCCGCAAUUGCUGACCAAAGUACCCAAGGGUAAAGGUAGAGCAGCAUUACUCACAGCGUUGAAUGAACGUCAGCACCGUGUAGUUGCCUCGAUAGGAUACUUUGAAGAGUUGAAGCAAAAGAUUGAGAUUAAUGUAUAUGCAAGUACAGCAGGCGCUAUUGUUGAAUUGGGUGUUUUGCCUCAAAAAUUGAAUCCUAUAAUUCGUAGUAUCAUGAACAGUAUAAAAUUUGAAGAAAACCUCGAAUUACAGCAACGUUCCGCUGCUACACUUACAGAUCUAGUUGCCUUAUGUGAACGUAGCAAAGCUCGUUCAAACCCUAAUGAUAAAGUGAUCAAGAACCUGUGCACGUUCUUAUGCACUGAUACAACUGUAACGCCACUUUUAGAAGAAAAUCAAGUAAAAUCUGGCAUCCUAUCGAUUACGAAAGAAGAAACGAACAGUAAAACUGGUACCAGCAACAGCAAUAAGAACACCUCGCCGGAGGAGCAGAAGGAUGCUCAAUUAAUGAAGCGUGGCGCGGAACUGGCCCUGCGUGAAUUAUGUAAUCGCUUUGGUGAUCGUGUAUUUGAAAUUGUACCCAAAUUGAAAGAAAGUAUCUGUCAGAGAAUAAUGGAAGUUUUCCCUGAAACAGCACACAUGAACAGUGUUGAGCAAUCGGAUGCUAUCAUCGCAGAAAAUAUUCUUUUGGGCCAAGAAGUCAUAGAUUCCUUGAGCAUUUUGACCAUGAUUGUGCCUUACUUAUCAGAUAAGCUCUGGAACGAACUAGACAUUAUCAUUCCUUAUAUAUGUAGGUCCCUUCGGUCGUGCUAUGCAGUCAUUCGUAAUGUGAGCGCGCGUUGUCUCGCGGCCGUAGCAAAUGUCAAUACUGAUAGGACUAUGCAAAUUAUUGUCGAAAAAGUUUUGCCUCAAUUGGGAAAUACACUAAAUCAUUAUCACAGACAAGGUGCUUCCGAACUGGUAUAUCAUCUUGUGCAAUUACUUGAUACCAAAAUUUUACCGUACACUAUCUUUUUGAUUGUUCCUAUUUUGGGUCGCAUGAGUGAUGUAGAUGAAGCUGUUCGUUUAGUGUGCACCAAUUGCUUCGCUCUUUUGAUCAAACUUGUACCUUUGGAGGCGGGCAUUCCUGAUCCUCCUGGAAUGUCGGUGGAAAUGUUGGCUCACCGUGACGAAGAGAGACAAUUUUUAUCGCAACUUCUUGAUAACUCAAAGGUUGAGAGUUAUAAAAUUCCUGUUAGGAUCAAUGCAGAACUUCGAAAAUACCAACAGGAAGGUGUCAAUUGGCUGGCUUUCCUGAACAAAUUUCAUCUGCAUGGUAUUUUAUGUGACGAUAUGGGUCUUGGUAAGACGCUUCAGUCUAUCUGUAUCUUAGCCGGUGAUCAUUUUAACAGAGCUCAAAAGUAUGCUGAGACCAAGUCUCCUGAACUCGCUCCUAUUCCUUCAUUGGUUAUCUGUCCUCCUACUUUGACAGGACAUUGGUAUCAUGAGAUUAUUAAUUACUGUGAGAACCUUAGUCCGUUAUUGUAUACUGGUGGCCCAGCAGAAAGGAAAAAACUACGAUUGUCUCUUAUCAAGCAUGACGUUGUUAUCAUGUCUUAUGAUAUCAUUCGAAAUGAUAUUGAUGAACUGUCUGGUAUCACUUGGAACUACUGUAUUCUUGAUGAAGGUCAUAUCAUCAAGAAUGGCAAAACAAAGAUUACAAAAUCAAUCAAAACUAUCAAAUCAAAUCACCGUCUUAUUCUCUCCGGUACACCUAUUCAAAAUAAUGUUCUCGAAUUAUGGUCUUUGUUUGACUUUUUGAUGCCAGGUUUCUUGGGUACUGAAAAAGUUUUCAACGAACGAUUUGGCAAACCGAUUCUUGCGAGCAGAGAUAGUAAAAGCUCAUCAAAGGAACAAGAAGCGGGUGCAUUGGCUUUGGAAGCACUACACAAACAAGUGUUGCCUUUCCUAUUACGUAGAUUGAAAGAGGAUGUGCUUCAUGAUUUACCACCCAAAAUUAUUCAAGAUUAUUAUUGUGAACUUAGUGACCUACAGAAAUCCCUCUAUGAAGAAUUUGCAAAAUCCCAAGCAAAAUCUUCCUUAGAGCAAGAUCUUGGCAGGCCAAGCGAAAAACCCAAAGGCGCUACACACAUUUUCCAAGCACUACAAUACCUUCGACGAUUAUGUAAUCAUCCUUUAUUGGUUGUGAACGAAAAGUAUCCAAACUAUAAGAAGGUUGAAUCUUUCUUACAGAGAGCCAAUUCAGAUAUACACAGCAUUUCGAACGCACCCAAACUACAGGCAUUGAGACAACUGCUAGGAGAAUGUGGUAUCGGUGCGACAGCUUCAACAGAGUCAGAAUCAGACCCUGCUUCUAUGGCCAUUGGAGCCGUCAGUCAACACAGAGCCCUUAUUUUCUGUCAAUUAAAACCUAUGCUGGACAUUAUAGAAAACGAUUUAUUUAAAACACUGAUGCCAUCUGUCAGUUAUUUACGUUUAGAUGGCUCGGUUGAUGCCAGCAAACGACAUGAACUCGUACAAAAAUUCAACGCAGAUCCUUCCAUUGACGUGCUGUUACUUACGACACAUGUGGGUGGUCUAGGUUUGAACUUGACCGGGGCUGAUACUGUUAUUUUUGUAGAACAUGAUUGGAACCCUAUGAAGGAUUUACAAGCCAUGGACCGUGCUCAUCGUAUUGGUCAGAAACGCGUCGUUAACGUGUACCGACUCAUUACAAGAGGCACUCUUGAAGAGAAAAUUAUGGGUUUACAGAAAUUCAAAUUAAAUAUUGCCAACUCAAUCGUAAAUCAGCAGAAUUCUGGUUUGCAAAGCAUGGAUACAGACCAGAUUUUGGAUCUGUUCAAUGUCAGUAAAGAAGGUGACGCUUCUUUAAAGAAGAAAUCAAAGAAUACAGAUGUCUCCGCGGAAGGCUUGGGUCCAGCAAAGAAUGUUCUUGAGAAUCUUGAAGCCUUAUGGGAUGAAAAAGACUACGAACAGGAAUACGACAUCAAUAGUUUUAUCAAUAGCCUUAAUUAAUUUUUAUCUAAACAAGACUCAUCAUAAUCUUUCUUUUUUAAAUGUUAAUGUGUAUUGCUUUACUUGCUUCUUUUCAUUUAUAAUGCCUGCAAUAAAAAAUACCUUUUCACAAUUUCACUGGAAUACUGAAUGAAACUCAGCGUUUUAAAAGUGCCCCUAUAACGAACGAUCUAUGUACGUCAUAUGUAAUCUUAAUAGCCAGAGUAAAAGUUACGACAGGAACCCAGAGCUAUAAUCCGAUACCUUCGAAUAAGAAGCUAUAAAAGCGUAAUAAACAAC